CUAAACCCGUCGCGCUAAUAGGCUGUUGAUUUGCCGGAGGGAAGCAGUUGCACACGCGCCCUAUUAUACUGCGGCCACCGCCAUAAACAAGGACGAAACCAGCGUCUCUUCCCUAAUCUAACCAUUUCUCCUGCGUGAUUGACACUAACCAUGCCAUGCCUAGUUAAAUCUUAAAUGAGGAGGGGAGGGGGUCACGCCAUCGUCGCCCCCAACAUGUUGUUACCGUGGCUGUGGCAGCAGCAGCCGGCCUCCUUCUCCUCCAUCCAUAUGUACUAGCAGUAUCACCUUUCUGCAGCGGUGAUCUCAUCUCGUCUCUCUGGCCAGUGGCCGGCAUCGUCGUCAGAGCUCUCUCGAGCUCGUGCCAGCGCGCGCGCGGUGGUUGGUCGUCGUCGUCGUCGUCGAGGCCGGCAGAUCGAUGGGGAGGCCGCCGUGCUGCGACAAGGCGAACGUGAAGAAGGGGCCGUGGACGCCGGAGGAGGACGCCAAGCUGCUGGCCUACACCUCCACCCAUGGCACCGGAAACUGGACCAACGUGCCCCAGAGAGCAGGGCUGAAGAGGUGCGGCAAGAGCUGCAGGCUGAGGUACACCAACUACCUGCGUCCCAACCUGAAGCACGAGAACUUCACCCAGGAGGAGGAAGACCUCAUCGUCACCCUCCACGCCAUGCUUGGAAGCAGGUGGUCUCUGAUCGCGAACCAGCUGCCGGGGCGGACGGACAACGACGUGAAGAACUACUGGAACACGAAGCUGAGCAAGAAGCUGCGGCAGCGCGGGAUCGACCCCAUCACCCACCGCCCCAUCGCCGACCUCAUGCACAGCAUCGGCGCGCUCGCCAUCCGCCCGCCGCAGCCGGCGUCCUCCUCUCCCAACGGCGGCUACCUUCCCGCGCCGGCGCUCCCGCUCGUCCACGACGUCGCGUACCACGCCGCCGGCAUGCUGCCACCGAAGACGGAGCAGCAGCAGGUCGUCAUCGCGCGCGUGGACGCGGACGCGCCCGCGUCGCCAACGACGACGGAGCACGGCCAGGGCCAGCAGCUCAAGUGGAGCGACUUCCUCGCCGACGACGCCGCCGCCGCGGCGGCCGCGGCCGAGGCGCAGCAGCAGCAGGUCGUUCUUGGGCAGUACCACCACGAGGCUUCCGCCGUCGGCGCAGGCAGCGGCGUCGCCGUGUACGGCGCUGGGAGCAGCAGCAGCGCUGCGGCGGCCGGCGGUGACGUCGGUGGCGGAGGCGGCGGCGACGACGGCGCGGCGGCGUUCAUCGACGCCAUCCUGGACUGCGACAAGGAGACGGGGGUGGACCAGCUCAUCGCCGAGCUGCUGGCCGACCCGGCCUACUACGCGGGCUCCUCCUCCUCGUCGUCGGAGAUGGGCUGGGGCAUGGGCCUGCUGAAUGCUGACUAAUUAGCGGUUAUACAAAACUCAGACUGCUUAUAUGCUGCUUUGAUUCAGUUACUAUGAACUUCGUUAUCAGGUAGUCAGGUCAGCUGGCCAAACCUGCCGAGCUGAUCCAUUCAUAUGCUUGCACUGUCUGUCUGUGGGUGUUUUCGGAUUAUUAUUCUUACUUGUACGGAUAAUUAACGUCAUUUGUGUGUGUGUUUUAUUCCUAGAGGAAACUGUGUUUGUGUGCUGCA